CGUUAAUUUAGUCACGUGUCGUGCAUAACAUGGGCAACGGGUGCCGUGAUCGGCUCUCUGGCCAUGCUGCAUUGUGGUCGCACUGAGCAUUCAGUUUGUAUUGCGAACUGUUAGAAAUUGCUAGCACCGUGUUUGUCAACGACGCUGUUGCAGUUUGUGGUCACAUUUGCAUGUGACAUGGAGCUCCCAAUAGUGCACAAGAUACCGCAAAGCAAGAGUGUUCAAGGUUUACCCUGUGUGAGCCCAUUGCCGCUACUGACUUAUUAUUAUUUUUUGCGUGAUGCUGAGCUUUUCGUGUUAAAUAUCCAGACACAGGAGCAAUACCUGAUUGAUGUGCAAGUGAAAGGCUUCCUGUUGUGUGAUGCCUGUGGGAGCCGAGGUGCCUGCAUAGUGUACCUGACAAGAGAAGAUGUGCUCAUGUUAGCAUUUCUGGAGGGAACAAGACUAGUAUCAUCACAUGCGUUACGAAUCCGCAAUUUUCAAGGUGCUGGUCUCCAGCUUGUGUGCAGCAUACCUGGAGGCUUCAUAUUUGUAUGCAAGGAACAUUUGGUUGCAAUUUUGCUAAACGACUUAUGCAACUGCAACUCAUUGCAAUCCUUGUGGCAGACUCGGAUAGAGAGCACACCUCUUCGCUUCCAGUGUGACUCUAAACAUGUGUUCGUGCUCACCUCUGCGCAGAAAAUAGUUAGCUACAACCUGUCAACAGGGUGUUCCUCUUUCACCUGGGACCUUGGUGAAACGGACCCUUUUGAAGUGACAUGCUUUGCACCAUUAUUGUCAAAGCACCAUCAAUAUAUCGUGCUUCUCUGUCGCAACAAACUUAUGUCCCUGUGUGCCCCUUCUUACAGAACAAAGCAGAGAGUUACACCAUUCUCCAAGCCUCAACACCGCGAACACUGGCAACAUCUCAUGGAGGUGCCACCUGGACUGCAUUGCUUAGUACACAGAGGAAAUCAUCUACUCUUUUUCUGGGGACCUGAAGUUGGAUUGACACAAUUAGCUGUUAUCGAGAUGGGCCACGGAAGUGUUGUGUGCAGACAGAAGCUUCACAUGAAUGCACCAUUCACCGUGCUCUAUGACUACAGACAUUGUCCGUGCUGGGACCUACCCGUACUCAUACAGUUUGAAGAUAGACUGGUCACACCUUGCUUGGGUGUUACACAGCAAAUGCUGCUGCACGAGGUUAUGGACCGCCAUGGAGCCCGCGUUGCUGGUUUCAUGUCGCAACGAAACUCCUGGGGUGGCAAUAUAGCUGUGGACGUUCUGCAACAGGGAAUUCGACACAGACAGCUGGACACGAUUGCAUUUUUCCUGCAAUCUAAAGAGGAAGUCUUGGAAACAGUAGUUGCCAGACAUAUGGAAAAGUGGAACCAAGUCUUGGAGGAUCUUCUUGAGACUGUGCAGGAGAACAGAUCCCAACUGACUUCCAGACAUUUUGCUCAGCAACUGUUGCAGCAACUGCUCUGCUUUGUGGUGCGCCUACUCUGCAUGGUGGAAUCAGCUGAUGACGAAGACCAACGCUACGCCCUCUGUAGCAAACUACAGGCUUUGCGUCAACAUUUGCCCAAGCAAUCUGCUCAUCUCACUUGUCCUGGUGUGCUUGUGAAGUACAAGGAGCUGGAUUCUCAUAUGCGUAGUGCUCAUAAUGUAGUGCAUUUUGCCUUCGUGGAGGGUCAUGUACCUACAGCUCAGUACAACAUGUGCAACACAAAGAAAGUUUCUCUUGCUGAAUUGCGAAGCAUGUGUCUACACUUUGUAUUCAAUAAAUUGUCCACGGGGGAAGACGUGUCAUCUACAAUCUCCAGCAUGGGUCUGCCUCCACGGGACGAGAUGAACCGCCUGCUUCUUUGGUGUCGCAGUGCACAUCUUCGUUCUUUGCUAUCCAAAGCUCUUGGGGAUGACGAGGUUCCCAAGCCCGUGUAUCAGCGUCUUGCAAAGCUGGAAGAAGCUCAUCUGUGCCACGAGAUCCAGAUACAAGAUGGAACAAACAGCAGCGAAGCAGUGAUAGAAGCAGCCAGGGCUGGUUACAGUCGUCUUGCCCCAGGUUGGCUGCUGGACUGGACUACAGAAGUAGAUGACCGCAUUCUUGCAGAUGCACUUCAGGGAAGGCCCUAUGAGAUCAGCCGUCUUGUAAACAAGACAUACUGGCUGCUUAUGUUGGAAAGUGGACACUUGGAAGCAGUGCUCGUGUCGCGACCCCAGAAUGUCGGUGGGGAAUCGCUUGUCAACCUGGGAUCCCAGUGCUUUUCCAUGUGGCACGUACACAAUACGUUGCUCUGCGCAUUAGUCAGAGAUGGCAUUUUCUCUGAAGAGACCUUGGAGGACUUUGGCGAUGUGCUGUCCCUGCUUGGUGAGGCUAACCACCCAUUGGAUGUCUUGUUCUCCAGUGCUGUUUCCGUGUCCCUGGAAGACCUGGUUCAUCGUUUGUUACAUCACUGCUUACAACAUGACCUGGCUGUUUUCCUCUAUUUUCUUACAUGCGAAGUGCAGUGCAACGUUCGACCACAGUGCCAUUUAUGCAACAUCCCUGUGGUCACUGCACUACUGUCUCACUUGAGUUGGAUCAAGGAACCGGACGAUAAAGGGAUUGCACUUGGUGCUUGCUGGGCAUUAGUGCGUACCCUUCAUGGCAGACCAAAGGACUCCUCGGAUCUUGAUUUAGCAGCUCUGUUGAAUGAUCACAAAGUGCUGCAGUCUGUGCAUGUGGGCACUGCACAAAAUGUCUCGCUCUACAGCUUACUCGGAAGACCCUGGAAUACAGCAAGACUCUUCAUUUGGCAAAAUAUGCGUUCAUCCGAUAAAGAUGCCGUGAUACAUCCACACUUCUCUCAUCCUGCUCUGAUGGAGUCAUGUGGACUGAAGGAGAAACUCUCCCCUACCUAUUAUUUCUUUCGGGGAAGACCCUGCUUCGCAUAUUUGAAGCAUCUCACACAGCACUUGGUUGGGCAGCAUACAAUCAGCAGCAAAAGGCUUAAAGCAGCUUUGAAGGCAGCUUUGCGAAUGACCCAUCUCCAUUUCGAAGAUCCCUUGGUUGUAGCUUCCUGCGUGACAUUUCUAGAACUGUCAGGCACCGACUCCGUGGCGCUGCGAGUGGACGUACAGUGUGCGCGCAUGCUCCGAGAAUCCGGGAAUACCUCCCAACAGAAAAGUAUAGUGGAGUUGUUCGAGGAUAUGCAGCAGAACAAGGCGAAGGCUGACCAGAUGCUUCGAUCCCUAUCAGAUGCUGUCCAAAGAAAUCUCCAGCGAUCUACUCAACAAGGAGUGGAGCUGUUCCUGGGCCUUUUGCUGAGGGCUUUCGCGGUGCAUCAUGGUCUAGAGCCACCCCUCACAAUGUUGCAGUGGAGCGCCCAAAAUAACGACUGGUUGGGAUUUCUCUUGUGGACACAAUUGCUUCAGUUUCCCAAAAUACAGGUUUUGGAUGCGGUAAUGCAGUUCGAGGAGAGCUGCUUGCGAGAACACCUGAGCAAAGCACUACUAGAAGUGAGUAGCCUACGGAACACGGAUGACUCUGGAAACGUUCCCUCGAGGAACCUUAGGGCUUCCCUCUAUUCACGAAUUGGCCUUCAAUCUGUUGAACGACUCAGCCCGGUGUCAGCUGAGUCUCUGUCAGAAGCAGAUGCCGCAUCUGUCUACAGUAAUGAUAGUACGGAGGCUGCUGUUCUCGAAGAGCCAGUUGCAGUGUACUCGAAAGAGCUUGUGUCGCUGUUGUUGGAGGGUCGCAGCGAUUGGUCCUGGGAGCACCUGCUACGAGCUGCCGUACAAAUCUGGAGUCCCAUCCCCUGUGUCAUUGCAGCCUGCUGCAGUGAUGCGCCCCUUGUGAGCUGCUUCGCGCUCUGGUUGGUAACAAGUGGACGCCGAAGAAGCAUGGAACUACUGUCCUUCAAAGAACACACAUUACGUGACUUACUGAGAACCAUGGAAGAUGCUUUGCUGGAAGGAAGGCUGAAUAAUUUGCUGCUGGGACUGCACGUCUUCCAACCUGAAAGCCCUCUUGUGCCUCUGGUUGAAUUUCUGGCUGCUUUUCACCUGGAACGAAAAGGGAAGCAUGCCGUUGGCAAAUUGCAGCAGUUUCGGGACGCUGUGGUGACGUGUUUUCGCCGUUCAGGUGCUGCAGGACUGAGCUCGGCGCAGUGGGUGGCUUCAACUGCCAUAAAUUUGCUGGGGACGAUGUUGUGUCUGUGUUCAUCGUGGCAGGAACAGCGCUCGCUUCUACGCUGCUGUCUGCAGGCGAGCUUACAGAAGAUCUCAGGUGCUCCGGACUUCGCAAUGCUGGUGAACCUGUUGGAGCACAGCGAGGGUGAAGACUUGGGUAUCACUCUAUACGACCUAUUUGUCGCCGAAAAACCAAUGGAACUGUUAGAACGAGCCGUGCAUUUCCUGAACCAGACAAGACAUUUUGUUCGAGCUACUGCUGUAGCGAGAUGUGCUGCUCUUCAUUUGGCUGAUGUGGUCCUUGAACAGAUGAAGCUCAAGUUCGACGACUGUGCACAUAAAAGCGAGGAGGAUAUGGAACAAGUGCAAUGGGAUGACUUCUUGAAGGAGUGCGAUAGGUGUUUUCAAGAGGCAGGACUCGAUGCACAACAAGCCUUCGACUUUUUCAAGGUACGAGCUUCACUGGUGAAGAGCUACUGCGUUAAGUACAAGAUUAUGCGACUCGCCUCUGUAUGGCUGGAUAAAACUUGCUACCCACCUGAGGAGUGUGAUAGCUACCGCCUGCAUGUCUGGCUCUUCCGUAUCAAAGCUGAAAAAGAGAAACCAUCAGAGAUUAUUCCAUCCGACGAACCGGAUCACAGGGCCCUCAUACUUCCAUCUAUGGCGACGCGAUCACCAGUCAUCAGCCUUGCAGAUGCUGAGGAGCUGGAGGCAUUAGAGAGAGUGACGAAUCAACUUCUGCUUCAUGAGCAGUUUGGGCAAGCUACCUUCGUUAUAUCCGCCUUCGGCCACGCCACAUUGGACUACCGUGUUCUGACGACAUGCAUCCGGCUCGCACAAGGGGACAUGCAACCACGAGACAUUGAUCCUGAACUGCUUCAACAUGCCAAGCAGGUGAAGGCCUGUGCACCCUUCAGGAGGCAGUCAACGGUUACCAUUGUAAACCCAGCAGAACUGAAAAAGCCUCACGUGAAGAACACUACCAGCGAUAUCUUGGAAUGUAUCAUCGAAAUGUGUGAUGCGUCCGGCCAUGCUCUUUCUCUGUGCAACCGCGUCCUGGUAGCCCUCAAAGCAGCUAUUGCACUCUCGCGGCCAUACCAAGAAGUGGCGGGAGAAAUGCACACAAUAUCAUUGCUGGAUCGACUUCUCCAGUGUGCCGACCGUAUGGCGCUUGCCAAGGAUGUAAUUAUGGUGUACAAUAUCCCCGAGCGAGAUGUCACCAGACUCCUCUUUGACAAGACUGUGGCUGCCAUCGGUUCACGAGGAAACCCCGGUUGUGGUCAGAAGGAUAUACUAGAAGAUUUUGAAAACGUACUUCAACUGUGUCAAGAUCCGGCCGAGCUCGGUAACCUACUUCUGAGGGCACGCAAGGCUGAUCUUCGAGCUCUUGACGGCGACUCAAAAGGUCUUUCGAUUGAAGUGGAGCUGUGCAUCAGGGCGCACGACUGCUUCUCCGUAUCGUGUUUCAUGGAAGGCAUUUCACGGACCCUUCACCGGUGUCGCAAGCUCGCAAUGUGUCUAGUCGCCAAUCAUGAGUUCCCCCUCUUGGUCCGGCUCCUCACUGGUAUUCGGAGGUACAGUGAGAUGUCAUAUGUCUUCGACAUCCUGCACGACCACGAUCACUUCGAGUUACUUUUCCAGAGAGGAAUGGAGAAGGUGCCUUACCUACGUGUCGCCCUUCUCGAUUAUCUGAAGCACCGAUCGUCAGCUGGUUCUGACACAUACACCAUGUUGACGCUCAACUUCAACAUGCAUCGGGAAAUUGCGGAGAUCUUGGAAUCAGCCGCAACGAAGAAGAUCAAAGCAAUCGCCAACAACGAUGGCUUGGCAUGGAGCAAGGAGGAGCUCCUAACGCUAGAGAAUACGCUACAGGACUUGGCAGACGCAGCGGAAAGCUACAUCAAGGCGGAAUGCAUUCUUGGAGCGCAGGCAUGCGCAAAGAAAGCACAACUGGUGGCACUGCAAUUACGCUACUUCGCACGCAAGGUAGCUGUAGUGAAUUUGGAUCAAAGCAGGGCAUUGGCUUUCCUCGUCACGCAUCCAAAGUUUUUUGAGGCUCAGCUGGUGAGUGAUGCGUACUGUUUGCAACAAACAUGGUGGAGCGGAGCCGUGUUCAACCGGGUUAUCCAAGACGGGGACUGGGAAUAUUUGAAGGACAUGAGGGCUGCUGGCUGCGAGCUCACUCCGCUGCAUCUUGAAGAUAUCACCCGCAGGUACCAAAUGCAACAGACAGGACCCGUUCAGCGUGAAGCCAUGAAACGCCUGCUAGAAGCUGUGUCGUGUGUAAAAACACGUUUCGACCUUGCGCAGCGACUUGGAUUUCUCGAGACUGCACAGCAUACCUUGUCUACCCAGCCGUAUUUACGCGACUCGCGUUCUUCUUUUACUGGUUCCCACCCGAAUGUUUCGUAAUAAAAUAUUUUGAUGUUGCAACGACAAA